AUGUCCGCUGGUUCACCGCCACUUUCAUCCCUGCGAUCACCUCCUCCCCCCACCUCCGCGCUCACCGUCGUUGCCCACUCACCGUCCUUCCCCACUCACCGUCCUUCCCCACUCACCGUCGUUGCCCACUCACCGUCCUUCCCCACUCACCGUCCUUCCCCACUCACCGUCCUUCCCCACUCACCGUCGUUGCCCACUCACCGUCCUUCCCCACUCACCGUCCUUCCCCACUCACCGUCCUUCCCCACUCACCGUCCUUCCCCACUCACCGUCCUUCCCCACUCACCGUCCUUCCCCACUCACCGUCCUUCCCACUCACCGUCCUUCCCCACUCACCGUCGUUGCCCACUCACCGUCCUUCCCCACUCACCGUCCUUCCCCACUCACCGUCCUUCCCCACUCACCGUCCUUCCCCACUCACCGUCCUUCCCCACUCACCGUCCUUCCCCACUCACCGUCCUUCCCCACUCACCGUCCUUCCCCACUCACCGUCGUUGCCCACUCACCGUCCUUGCCCACUCACCGUCCUUCCCCACUCACCGUCCUUCCCCACUCACCGUCCUUCCCCACUCACCGUCCUUCCCCACUCACCGUCCUUCCCCACUCACCGUCCUUCCCCACUCACCGUCCUUCCCCACUCACCGUCCUUCCCCACUCACCGUCCUUCCCCACUCACCGUCCUUCCCCACUCACCGUCCUUCCCCACUCACCGUCCUUCCCCACUCACCGUCCUUCCCCACUCACCGUCCUUCCCCACUCACCGUCCUUCCCCACUCACCGUCCUUCCCCACUCACCGUCCUUCCCCACUCACCGUCCUUCCCCACUCACCGUCCUUCCCCACUCACCGUCCUUCCCCACUCACCGUCCUUCCCCACUCACCGUCGUUGCCCACUCACCGUCCUUCCCCACUCACCGUCGUUGCCCACUCACCGUCCUUGCCCACUCACCGUCCUUCCCCACUCACCGUCCUUCCCCACUCACCGUCGUUCCCCACUCACCGUCCUUCCCCACUCACCGUCCUUCCCCACUCACCGUCCUUCCCCACUCACCGUCCUUCCCCACUCACCGUCCUUCCCCACUCACCGUCCUUCCCCACUCACCGUCCUUCCCCACUCACCGUCCUUCCCCACUCACCGUCCUUCCCCACUCACCGUCCUUCCCCACUCACCGUCCUUGCCCACUCACCGUCCUUCCCCACUCACCGUCCUUCCCCACUCACCGUCGUUCCCCACUCACCGUCCUUCCCCACUCACCGUCCUUCCCCACUCACCGUCCUUCCCCACUCACCGUCCUUCCCCACUCACCGUCCUUCCCCACUCACCGUCCUUCCCCACUCACCGUCCUUCCCCACUCACCGUCCUUCCCCACUCACCGUCCUUCCCCACUCACCGUCCUUCCCCACUCACCGUCCUUCCCCACUCACCGUCCUUCCCCACUCACCGUCCUUCCCCACUCACCGUCCUUCCCCACUCACCGUCCUUCCCCACUCACCGUCCUUCCCCACUCACCGUCCUUCCCCACUCACCGUCCUUCCCCACUCACCGUCCUUCCCCACUCACCGUCCUUCCCCACUCACCGUCCUUCCCCACUCACCGUCCUUGACCACUCACCGUCCUUCCCCACUCACCGUCCUUCCCCACUCACCGUCCUUCCCCACUCACCGUCCUUCCCCACUCACCGUCCUUCCCCACUCACCGUCCUUCCCCACUCACCGUCCUUCCCCACUCACCGUCCUUCCCCACUCACCGUCCUUCCCCAGAAAGUCCCCCACGAAGACGCUGUCGAUGUUGCCGUGCUUUGCGCCCACCGUGAUGCGAAGGUUGUCCGCCUCUUGCCCCAGCCGAUACAGAUAA